AUGAUCAAGCGGAUAUUUUGGGGAGCAGCUGCAGCUGCAGUCGCACUUUUUCCAUCUUUGACUAGCGGACAUGCCAUUCUACUUUUCCCCACAUCUCGCCAGACGGGAACGCAAAUGUCUUUCACUGAUGUUGGAAUCAAGAUUGCCACUUUCCCCCCUACUGCUGCACAGCUGAAUUCCUGCCUAGACUCAACACCCGUGGCUCCCCAGGAAGCAUUUGUCGCCGGCAGCGAUGUGACUGUCAAAUGGAGCAUUACAAUCCCGCACCAGAACCCACCUGGUGUGCGUGUUGCCGUGCAAUAUGAUCCACAAAGCGACUUUAUUGUCCUCCAGGAUAACAUUGAUGUGAAUGCUUUAUCGGCUACACUGAGCCUUCCAGCGGACAAGAGCUCCGACACAGCAGUUCUCCAAUGGCUCUGGGCUUCGCAGGAAGAUGGAGGAUUCUACAUGGCUUGUAGCGAUGUUAUGAUCAAACCUGCAGCGGCUGGGAAUACUGGCUUAUCACCGCAGGAGCCUGUCUCACCGUCUGCCGCAACUCCCGCUGGCUGCUGA